AUGCCCUCACUACGCAAUAUCCUCCACAAACGCGAAGAGCUGACAGAAGAUGCACCCAAUCCCCCAACCCCAGAGUUCAAACUCAUUCGCUCCGACACAAAUACCCAAGAAAUAAUCACCCCAGAAACCGAUAAUCCCCCAGACACCCGCUCCUCACCCCGCCGCAGCUUCCAACUCUUCAACCGCUCCAGAGCAUCCUCAUCCUCCCCGCAGCCGCAGUCACCGCGCCGCGAGCGCCGCCUCUCAAACCUCCUCCACCUCGACUCCCGUAGUCGCAGUAACUCACGCGACUCAGUGAAUCUACCUGCGGAUCUACCGCAGAUCGAAGACGACCAAGGAGCCUCCAAGCAAGAACGCGAGGCAGAGUGGGAAAAGAGGGCGACGGUGCUUGUUCAGCGGAAUCCGCAAUUCGGGCACUCGGAGGUUGGGCUGGGAGUUGAGCAGGCGAGGUCGAGGAGCUCGAGUCGGAGUCGUGUUGUAUCGGACCCGGAUACGGAUGUCUUGUACGGCCUUGCAUUACGACAUGGGUGGGGCUGUCCCCAAGACCUUCCUCGCGCAGUGACAUACUUGUCGGCGGCAGCGUCCAACUCAGCCGAAGUGGAAGCAGAGGCACUGCGCGCUGGAGUCAAGAAAGGCGGGUCUGCCAAAGGCGAGCUCGUUUUGGCCAUGUUUGAACUUGCCAACUGCUUCCGGAACGGUUGGGGGCUAGCGAAAGAUCCCGCUGCUGCGCGACAGUAUUAUGAAACUGCGGCCAAUCUGGGCGACACCGAUGCUAUGAAUGAGGUGGGCUGGUGCUACCUCGAAGGGUUUGGAGGGAAGAAAGACAAGUUCAAAGCGGCCAAGUAUUACAGACUUGCAGAGGAGAAUGGAUGUCCAACUCUGGGCAAUUCUUGGUAUGAUUCUCUCAUAUGUACAAUGUCGGGGUCGAUUUCUAACAAAGAUUGCAGGAUCUGGAAAGACAAAUACAACCCGUCGUGA